GUCGUCGAGCCGCAUUCCGGUUUCUCCCACAGCGCCGGCCUUUUUGAGGCCUCAGACAACAUCACUCAUCUGGUGAGUGAGGAGCAGAGGGCGCGAAACCUGCACAUGGACGUCGAGGCGGAGAACCUCUUUCACCUUACCUCCCCUCCUCCUGCGACUCCAGAGGCCGCCGCGGGACCAGUGUUUGCCGUUCAAAUCGGCAACUACGCUACUCCCAUCACCCAGAUGUGUAGUGUCUAUGUCCCAAGGGGUCUUCCCUACAAAUUUAUUAAUUCAACCUCCUGGACAAUUGACCUCCUCAGGGUGCGAUUCCUCCACUUCUCCACUUCUUUAUGA